UUGGAAUAACACAUUACGUAAUGCAGGUUUUUCGAUUUAACAUUUUAAAGUUAAUGAAAUGUAAAGUCGGCAGUUCAUAAAUGGCGAUAUUUUACUAUUUCAGUGGUUUUAGUUUUAUUUGGGUAAUAUUUUUAUCAAGAGUUACAUGUUGCCCUAGUAACAGCAGUGUGUACACAGAAAAUGGACAAACAAAAAUAUUGAAAUUCGAGGCUCCCAUAAACCCAGAAAUAAAGUUUGCUAUCUACCGAGUGGCCCGCUAUGAUGGCAUAACACUCCUAGCAGUAAACUACCAACAUGGGAAAGUUAUAGGAGAACCUACCUUACAAAACUGCUCCCUGGCUGCAAGCGCAAAUAUUCCAAAUGGGCUCCUACACAUCGAGCUUAAUCCGUUUGUUGAGGGCGACCAAGGAACAUACAGUCUGACGGAAUUAAGUGAAACUACUACUGUCAUAGAAUGUGUGACAUUAUACAUCCUAGGUACACCGACACAGCCUAUACUCUCGGCUUCCGGCUCAUCAUUUGUGAACUCAAUAUUAACACUCACAUGUACCAGUUCUUCAACAACCCAGCCUUCAAACCAUUCCCUAUCGAUGCAAUAUGCUUGGGCGAUCGACGGUACAGUCAUUCAACCUGGUGAUAGGUUCUCGUUCGACGCAAUAUCGAGGAAAACGUUAAUAAUAUCAAAGCUUUUGUAUGAAGAUAACGGCAAUACUGUGAAUUGCAUUGCAAUUGAGAAUGAAGGGAAAUCUUCGAUGCAAGCCUCUUAUGCACUGAGUGUAUUUUACGGUCCGAAUGAUGCCAGUGUCAAUGCCUCCGAUGUGAUCACUGUUAAUGAGCAUGAGGAUGUUGUAACCAUCAGAUGUGACGCGGAUUGCAGACCUCCUUGUCUAAUUCAAUGGACGAAUCUCACAGACGGAAACAAACGUUUAAUGAACGAGUUGGCGUUUGGAAGAGUAAAUCGCUAUCACGCAGGGACGUAUGAAUGCAAAGCUAAAACAUCUGUUACUGGAGUGAUAAAGAUGUCCAUAAAACGCAUACAGCUCAUUGUUCUAACUAAGCCUUGGCCUCCUACACAUUUACAAGUCAUCAGUACACCUGGCCUGUUACACGCUGAAUGGACCAAAGCUUUCAACGGUGGAAGUCUUCAAUCAUUUCUACUGCAAAUAUCCUACGAUAACAUUUGGAAGAAUCUGACUCAAGUGAAUGAGAAUGACUGGAAUAAUAUGUGGAAUGAAACCGUGUAUCAAGUCAAUAUCACAAAUGUAGAACCUGGUAAACACUCGGUGCGAGUUAUUGCUUUCAACAAAGUUGGGUAUGCAGACCCCGUUCUAUUCAUGGAAAACGAUUCGGAACAGAUCAACUUUCAAGAAAGCACGAGUGGAGCAGAUAGUUUGAAAAUUACAGUUAUGCCGCUGAGCUUCGCAGUUGCAUUUAUUUUUCAUGUUCUUCAACGUGACACAAUUGAACUAUGGUUUCUCUGUGCCAUAUAAAAAACACAAAAAAACAAACAAACAAAGAAGUAGCAUCUUUUCUCAAUACAAUCAACUCUUAAGUAUAAGAUAAUCUUCCGCAGUGUAUUUGUGUUUGUACGUAUGCUUUGGGAUCAUUGUAUAUUGUUUAGUUAUUCAUGAACAUCGAAUACCGAAGCCCGAGCUAGGUGGUGUUUGCAAUAUUUCAUGAAUACAAUUUUAGACUUUUGAACCUGUCAAUGAUCGUAUCAUUCUUAAUGUUUUCAGUUGGUGCAUGGAAAAUCUCAACCUUUAGAAGUUGAGAUUCUAAAGGAUGAAUGUUGAAACUGUCAACUAUAUGUGACCAUACCAAAGACACGGUAUUAUAGGACCUUUGAAAGCCAUAUAUAUAUAUAUAUGUGUGUGUUUCUUUAAUUUUUAUGUUAUGGGAAACUUGCUGGUGACAUUGGAGUCGUCUUGGAUGACGUAAACUCAGAGCUAUGAGAUGUACACAAGGUAUCCCACCAUACUCAAAAGGAGCUGAACAGAAGGGAUACCACGCAGCUCUUUGUGCAGUUGUUUGGUCAAGAAACCUUGGACAGCGAAUCGGCUCUCUGAUCGUUUUCCAAUAUUAACAUCAGAGCACUCGUGUCAGUUUCUCAAAAACCUUACGUAUCCAAGAAGCCUGACAGAGCUUGAAGACUAGCUUAUUAAUCACGACUGUCACUUAGGUUCAUAUUGUUAUUGUUUGUAGAUGAAAUGGCCAGUGUAGACGAAAUUCAGAAACAUAUUGAUUAUGUUCUCAAACCAAAAAUUCUAUGUAAACUAUUUCAUCCUUUUGUUGCCCCUGUUCUUUAUUACAUGUAUAUGCUUCCGAACUAUGGUGUUAUUCUAAAUCGAAAGAGGUUGAAACAAUUUAUGUAAAUAUAAUUGUUAGAAUUAACCAAUUUUGGUUUUAAUUUGUCAACAGUGAUAACAUUAUAAUACCCACGGUAUAUAUGCAAGCAUUAUCUGAAUGUAUAAAUGUUAACAAUAACUGGGUAUCUAAUAUUAGAAAGCGUUAAGUGAGAAAUUGUGGUUUUGCUUGUUUUUGAUAAUGUUAAUUUCACGGAUAUUAAGUCAAUUUUGUGUGUGUUUAAAACUAGAAUAGUUUACUUUUUAAGUUUAAAUUCCUUCAUCUAAAUAAAUUCAUCGUGCAAAAGCUAGUUGACAUCUUGAUAUAUAGUGCUGGCAAGCCCAAUUUUUGAACAUAAAUAAAAUGUUAAGUAAGGUUAUGUACAUGCUUCUUUACAAUAAAAUGACAAACUUGAAAUUCCGGUUCUUUAUUCCGCGUAUACUAAAGCUUAAAAGUGUGGCAUUGACAUUAAGAUCGAUUAGCUGAUUAGCUGAUUAAGUAUUGUGCGUUGUAGUUACUUUUGAAUAUUAUUGGCAUCAAAUCAAGUGUCUAUAUUUUUAGAAAAUUAUUAUGAAGCUAUUGUUUAUUAUCAUAAAUAAAUCACAAGUGAAAUAAUGGCCGGAUCCAUUUAAUCUUUUAAAGUCAGUUUAUAUAUUAUUGUGAUGGCUUAUCCUCUUUUUUUCCACUAUUGGAUUUGUAUAAGUACAAUAUUUCACACAGGCAAGUAUUGGUUUAAUUUAUGACUUUAAAAUUAUGUUUGUUUGUUGUUGUUUUUUACCGUAGAAUGAUUUAACAACAUCUCCCCCACCCCCAUAAUGUUCAAUAAAAUAUUGUGGGGUAGUCAAUCAUUGAUAUUUUAGAACAGUACAUCGUUAUAUGUAUCACUUCUAUGAAAUGCUUUAAGCACGACCAACUAUUUUGUUUCUAAUGAUACUAGUGCCAUGAUACAUGACAAG